UUCAUUUGGCGUUCUGCGCGCGAGGAGAAAACGACAUGGACUUGUCCUGGAAGAUUAUGUCACAUUAAAGGAUUUUAUUGUCUAAAGAUAAUAUUGUCUAAUGACAAUAACUUAUUGCCCAAUAGUUGUCUUCAUUUCAGCAGCGAUCAGAAUGGGAAAUACAGAUAGUCAUUCUAGCAAUUUCAUCAUCCCUGGUAAGGGAAAAUCUAGCUCCUUGAAGCUGCACACCUCAAAAGAGGAGGCACUCUCCCCACAUUCUUGGUGGAGGAGCACUAAAAGCACCUCUGGAUACAAGGCCAAAAAUGGAUUUUCACCACACAAGAACAGCCAACCUUACAUCUCCCACCAUUAUGACUGCAUUAAAGGGGGAUCUAGUGACAAAGUACAUUCAGAGAGACACAAAGACUAUGACAACCUUUUAUUCCAGGGAAAUGGAUUCUUUGUAGGCUACAAACAACAGACUGGAGCCCUCCUGGCCCCAUUGAAGAGCACCAGUUCUGAGAUUAAAGACUGUAAGAGCAGUCCCAAAGUUCUUUUUCAUGAGGAUGGAAGUCUGAGGGUAGAGUUUACCAAUGCACGGAGGGAGGCGGAUGUUGUGCUGUCUUUGGGCAGCUGUCUCAGUGGACCUGUUGAUGCUACCCAAAGGGCCAGUAAUGGAAGCUCUCUUAGCUCUGAGGGUUCAUGGUAUGAUUCGCCAUGGGGGAAUGGAACAGAAGAUCUAUGUGAUAACGUCUUCACCACCAACCAACCUUCGGACAACAGUAGUGUAUAUACCACACUCUCAUCCACACGUACUGUAGAUUUUGGAUGUUUUAAUGGAUACAAUACAGAACAAUCUGAGAACCAUAUGGGUAACCCCACCCGCCAAGUCACAGUUCAUGGCAGUCAGUAUGCAAGCAGUGAUUGCAAUAGUAAUGGGUACAAUGCUAACCGAGCUGAGGAGGACAGUGGUAUUGGAGACUCUGUGCUCCUUCAUUUGGAACAUAAUGGAUUAUCUGACCUUUACACAAACCCCAAAAUGACUGUGCCAUUCCCUACCGUGGGCAUCCUAGCGUCGGAACAGCUUGAGGACACUCCUCACCUUCAAGUCUCACUGACUGCUUCCAUGGAUGUGAACUCCCAGGAUGAGAGUCAGAAAACCCAGAAUUACACCUCACAAACCCUUCCAUGCAGAAAAGCAGUUCCUGAUGGUAAUGCAAGGAAGGACUCGCUCAAGAGUCGCAUCCGCCGCCUCAGCGAUUGGACAGGAAGUCUGAGCAAGAAGAAGCGAAGGAUGCAGGAACCAAGUACUCUGGACUUUACAGAGAUUGUCAGCUGUGGAGCUGGGGGCACACUAGAGGAAUCCAGACCAUUUUGGAAUCCCAUGUCUUCCCAAACACAGUUGGGCUGCCCUGGUUCCUCAACGGGCCUAUUUGGACAGCAGAACCAGGGUGCGGCCUUCAGGCAGAAAAUCUAUGAGAACUUUAUGCAGGGCUUAGAGACUGGCAGCAGCAGUGGAACUGCUGAUGGACUCCAGGUCUGGGAGGGUGAAGGAGAAAGCAGCAGUGGCUCAAUGGGCUCCUUGGAGCAAAUGGACCUCCUGUUUGAGAAGGAGCAAGGUGUUGUACGGAGGGCUGGUUGGUUGGCUUUUAAGCCCCUCAUUAACCUCCACAAGGACCGCAAACUGGAGCUGGUAGCAAGGCGCAAGUGGAGGCAGUAUUGGGUCACGCUAAAAGGCUGUACACUUUUGUUGGGUGAAUCCAAUGGAAAGACCACCCCCGAGCAGGAAAGCUCACCACGUUAUGCAGUGCUUGCCGAGGACAGUAUUGUGCAGGCAGUUCCCGAGCAUCCCAAGAAAGAGCAUGUCUUCUGCCUCAGCAAUGCCUAUGGAGAUGUCUAUCUCUUUCAGGCUGCUAAUCAAAUAGACCUGGAGAACUGGGUGACGGCCAUCCAUUCUGCCAGCGCAUCACAUUUAGCUAAGCGUCAGAGGAAGGAGGACACUCUGCUUUUGCUGAAGGGCCAGAGCAGAGCUCUCCUGCAGAAGAUCGACAUGGAUGGGAAAAUGAAGAAGAUGGCAGAGCUGCAGCUGUCUGUCAUCAGCGACCAGAAGAACAGGAAGGCUAUUGAGAGCCAGAUCCUGCAAUGGGAACAGAACCUGGAAAAGUUUAACCUAGAGCUCUUCCGCAUGCGCUGUUACCUGGCUAGCCUGCAGGGCACAGAGCUGCCCAAUCCAAAAAGCCUACUAGCCACUGCUGGACGCCCAUCUAAAAUGGUGCUAGGUCGUCUGGGAAUUUUCUCUGUCUCUUCCUUUCAUGCGCUGAUAUGCACUCGUGAUAAAGCCACCCUGAAGAGACGGUCUCGCUCUCAUCCUCGAGGUAUGCGGAACAAACGAGGACUGCUCUUUUCUUCACAAAAGGGAUUAGACAGUCUGACCAAACGCAACCGCGAAAAGAGACAGUCCCUGUCCCAGAUUUUUGAAGGAUAUUCCUCUGGAUCGUUCGGUCAUCCAUCCACACAAAGCAGCUCAGAGAAGUUGGAUGUCUUUACCAAAAUGCAUGUGACAGCGCCUCCUGACGGUAACCAGUGGGACUGUAGUCUGGAAAGCCGGGUGUUCGUGCUCAUGCCCGACUGUCAGGUCGUCAGUGUGCCAGUCAAACAGGACUCUCUGGUUGCUGAUGUUCUCUCAUUGGCCUGCAAGGCAAAGCAGCUUGACCCAGCUCUGCACUGCCUGAACACGAGGAGACAUUUGGGACAAGAUGUGGAGAGAAGUAUUCCAGUGCCGACAGACCAGCUGAGGACCCUGGUUUAUGAUGAACUGGAAGUUUGGCCUCUCAAUGUGUUGACCAUAAGCAUGGCCCGGCCACACACAACCGUUGAUUUUGGUUUUGCGGUCACAGGUCAUGUGGAUGGUGCCAGGAGAAGUCAUGUGUAUGUGAGCGAGGUGAAUCCUGAAGGCCUGGCGUUUACUCAAGGUCUGAAAGCUGGAGACGAGAUCUUUUCUCUUAAUGGCGUGAGUGUGGCCUCUCUUGACCUCGGGCUCAUGCAGAUCUUCUUCAGCCAACCAGAACUCCAUCUAAUCCUCAGACGUGUGGAUAACAGCACAGACGACCAAAGCUACGUCUGGCCAGACUGUGACCCCAGUGAACCUGAUCAACCCCAACCUCCUCAGGGCGACAUCAUUCACCUGGAGCAGUGGGGCACAGAUCCAGCUCAAGAGCAUGAAUUUGCAGAGGGCUCCACGGCGCCUGCUUUGGAGGAGGUGAACGAUAAGGAAGAGCGGGGCGGAAAGUGUAGUACAUGUAUGGAGGAGAGCUCAGAGGUUAUGUGUCAGGUGGUGGGACAGAACAGUGCAGGAGGAGAUAAAGAGGAAUUCUGUGCGCUCUUCCCGCUGUCAUCACUCGGUCAGACCCUCAAGGAGAUGUUGGUGGGACUGCUGGAUGACGUGAACGUGUGUGGGAGGUGUGAGUGCAUCUCACUGAACCCAGAGACUGUGUGUAAUCUCUACCAGACGUCCCCUGAAGGCUCCGUUCUUGUGCCAGAGGGCUACAGGAACCCUUGCUCCACUGAAAAUGCCCACACCAGAUCCUCCCCCCGUCACAUGUCCGUCACAGAGCGCCUGCGCUUGGUCAUUCAAGAGCUGGUGGACACGGAGAAAUCUUAUGUCAAGGACCUUGGAUCUCUGUUUGAGAUUUAUCUGAAGCCAUUAAAAAGAGAAACCUUCCUUAGUCAUGAUGAGAUGGAGUCUCUGUUCGGCAGCCUGCCAGAGAUGCUGGACUUCCAGAGGGUUUUCCUACAAACCCUAGAGGAGAGGACAACUUCCUCACCAGACUACCAUGCACUAGAGACUCCUGAGAAACUCAGGAAACUCCUCUUCUCCCUGGGUGGCUCUUUCUUAUACUACGCAGACCACUUCAAGCUUUACAGCGGCUUCUGUGCCAAUCACAUUAAGGUGCAGAAAGUUCUCAAAAGAGCAAAAACAGACUGGGCAUUCAAAGAGUUCCUGGAGGCGAGAAACCCCACCAAACAGCACUCGUCCACCCUGGAGUCGUACCUCAUUAAACCCGUGCAGAGAGUUCUGAAGUACCCACUGCUGCUGAGGGAGCUGGUGUCUCUCACCGACCCCGAGAGCGACGAGCACAGCCACCUCACAGAGGCAUUAAAGGCCAUGGAGAAGGUGGCCAGUCACAUAAAUGAGAUGCAGAAGAUCUACGAGGACUACGGCACAGUGUUUGAUCAGCUAGUAGCAGAGCAGAGUGGCCCUGAGAAAGAGGUCACGGAGAUCUCUAUGGGAGAGUUCAUCAUUCACAGCUCAGCGUUCUGGCAAAACCCUCUGCCCUCUUUGGGCCGCAUGAGAAAAGACCCUGAACUCACCCUCUUCCUCUUCAAGAGUGCACUCAUUUUGGUGUAUCGGGAAAGCAAGUUAAAGAAAAGAAUGACGUCUUCACGACCCGGGGAUCUGGAUCCUUUUAAAUUCCGCUGGCUCAUUCCUGUUUCAUCCCUUCAGGUCCGACCUGGAAAUUCAGCAGGGUCAGAGAACCCCUGUGUUUGGGAGGUUGUCCACACAAAAUCUGAGUUGGAGGGACGACCAGAGAUGUCCUUUCAGCUCUGCAGCAGUAAUCUGGAGAACAAGGCUAAUGCGGUGAGAGCCAUCCGCACUCUUCUGAGAGAGAACGCCAAGCGGACGGCUCCAGCUGAGCGACCAUUCAAAGAGCUAAAUUCUAACUUCACCUUCCCCAGGAGAAACCACCCAGGAGCACUCAGAACAAACUCCUGGCAGCGGCUGCCGCCACCAUCAGAUGGGCCACAGACCUUAGAUUCAGAUGAGGGCAGACUGCGUGACGGAUACGCUCACUCUGAACCUCCCCUCAGGCCCUCCAGGGGCCAGGGCUCUACCCAGAGCAAGAGAUCCACGUUGUGCUCUUUGACCAGCGCUUUGGAAGCUCAACUCCAGAGACUGAACUUUGCAGAGGAGCCAGAAGGAAUGAGCAGGAGCAGUACCAGCAGCCUUCAGGGCAGUCAGGUGACUCUCCUGGACGAGACUCCAGGCCUGGACCUCAACACCCUGCUGGCCAGGGACUACAGCGUGCAGACUUUCGGUUCCGUAGUUAACGAGGAUUGUUUUUACGACACGGUCAUGGGCAUCCAGAAAGCUGCCAUCCCCACCCUGUAGAGGAAGUUAGCGUUAGCAUUAC